AUGACUGUAUAUUUAUUUAGUAGAUUUUAAGUUGAAAUAGUUUCUUGCCAAUUAAAAUAAAAAUAUAAUAUUUUUAAUUCUUUUUAUUUACUAAACUAGCAAGCAAGCAAGCCAAAACCAUCCAUGAAUUCUUUUAAUAAAUAAAGAUAUCUUCAUUAUUUAUAACAUCGAAAGUUUUAAUAUUAUAAAUGUUCCAUGAUGUAGGAAAAAAGAUAGUAGAGUAAAAGAUAAAGAUGUGCAGCAAUUUAUUUAAAAUAUCUAAGUUGUGAUGAAUAAAAAUAAAUAGAAAAAUUUGAAGGUAGUGAAUGUCUAUUUAUUGAUUGGUGGAGUGAUGGACGCUAACUUUUCGAAUCAAAUAGAGAAUUUUGUUUUAAAUAACUCAGCAUAAAUGUUGAAAAACUAGUGGGCGUAAUUGAUUUUUAAAAUUUAUCAAAAUUUUUGAGCUGCUUCCCAAAUCUAGAAGAUUUUGAAGUAAAAAUACCCUAUUAGUUUUAAAUUGGAGAACAGGAAGCUGUUUAUUUUGGAGAAGGACUUAAAAAUCUUGCAAAUUUACAAAAUUUAUCUCUUUGCAUAAAUGUUAAUUAAAGAGGAGCAGAAUUAUUAGGUGACACUUUAGUAUAACUUAAGAAAUUAUAAGGUAUUAAAAUAAAACUAGCUAAAUUUUAAAAUGUUGGAGAUUUGGGUAUUUAAAGAAUUUGCUAGGGGAUCUAGACUUCAAAGGAAUAAUUAAAAAUGCUUAGCUUAUAAAUUGGCUAUUUCAAUUAAAUUGGAUAAUUAGGAGUAUAAAGUAUAGCAAAAUGUAUAAGAUAGCUAGACAUGCUAGAGUUUCUUAAUUUGAACAUAAAGAAAAAUAAUGACUUAGAUGCAGCUGGUUUCAGUGAUGUCUAUGAAUCUAUUUAAAGUAGAAAAUUAUUGAAGUGUUUAGCUCUAACUUUGACUGUGCCUGAUUCUGUAUAAAUAAAUCAACUUUAAAAUAAAAUGGAGUGUAAAGAUAGUUUGUAAAAAUAUUUUGUAAAUUUAGAUUUGCAUGAUUUAAAUAUGAUUUUUUUUUGCAAAUCUCUCAUUUAAUUUUCUAAUUUGUAAGAAAUAACAAUAAACUUAAAUUAUUCUUAAUAGUUAGAGGCUAUUAUUUAAAUUGCAGAGUCUUUGGAAUAUAUUAGAAAUAUAAAAACAUUAAUCAUUAGAAGCUAAAGAAUACAAUACAUUGAUAUACCUAUCAAAGUAUUACAACCUUAUAUAAAGACCUUAAGCUAAAUAGUAUUUUUGCACUUAGAUUUUUAAUUGUCUUAUUACAAUUAACCAUUAAGAUAAUAAUAUCAAUCUUUUUAUAAAACAAAAAGAUUAGUUGAAAUAAAUAUCACAUGA